UCGAUCUUGCAUGCUCGCGUGGAGCCAGGAGCGGCGGCGCGAGUACGAGGACCGACUCGACUCGGCGCGCGGGCGCCGAGGUACAUACCGCGACGAGCGCCGGCGAGACCAGGACCGCCCACGCGUCUCGGCCCGUGAACCGGACUACAGUGACGAGCGCCACUACCGAGCCGCCAUGAAGCACGAGAGCAGGUCUUCGCCACGCUCCAAGUCGGUGCAUGUCGAUUUCCAUGCAUCUCGCCCACACGAGCAUCGCUGGGACGACCAUGGCGCUCCUCGCACCAGCAACAAGCACAUCUCAGGCAUCGCCUCGUUUCACGAAGACGAGUACGUUGGGUACUUGCAGGAGCGCCGCGAGAUGAAGGCGUCGCGGCCCCCGGAUCGAGGCAAGUGGAAGUGCAUGGGUACGACUUUUAUGGCGGACGCAGAGCAUUCGUGCUUGUACUUGCCAUCCAACGAUCGGGUCGUUGUGGAGAGGCAAUUCUGGACCUGGGCGGGUCGCGAAGUCAUCCUCGACAAGGUCGUCUCCUCCGAAACGCCAAUUGAGUCGCGAGCCGACGACGACGAACGGCUGCCUGCCUACGACCUCGCACCGCAUCAGCACCUCAUGGGCCAUGAUCCGUGGAAGGACAUGAAGCCGUUGCAGAUGCCGCCCAGUGCUCGGGAUGGUGCGAAGGACCGCCCAGUGCCCGAGGCAACUCCCAUGCCAGCAGACAAGCCCAAGGCAGAGGUCGACGAGAAGGCAAGCAGCGCCAAGCCUGCAAACGAAAGUUGUGCGGCUGACGUCGCGCCUCCAAAAGCCUCCAGCGAGCCGGCACCGCCCAAGGACGAUGCCACGCGCGCUGCGACCGAGCCGCCGCCAGAAGCAUUCUUGAGCGAUGAUCCUUCCGACAAGACAAAAACCGCAGUAUAACCAACAUGACAAUUACGUACUUGUG